GAGGAAGGCUUCCGGGUUGGCUCAUGGAGUAGUCACACGCACGCGAGAUCGCUCUCCCAGACAAACCGCAAUUUAUACCCAAGAGUAAUUUAAAAUUCAAUAUUGUUUGAUAAAAAACUUAGAUGGAUUGGGGAAGGACACGCCGAAACCAAAAAAACGACGAAAAAGAGCCUCCAAAACAGAAAAACACGACGACAGCCAGAGACAGCAGCGGCAAAGUGGACCAGGACAACAUGGCGCCUGCGGACAUAAUUAAGGCAAUCAACGAUCUAAAAACUGAUCUAAAAGGCGACAACAACACUCUGCGACAAGAAAUCACACAUCUUGGACAAGAAAUCAACGGUAAACUGGAUAUGCUGGGGGCAGAAGUCCGUAACCUAUCGGACCGAGUGGAGGAGGCAGAGUCGCGGGUGGAGACGGUGGAGAGAUGGGCGGCUGAAUCAACUGAGGCCUUGACCUCCUGCCUGAAACAGCAAAAAGUCCUGCAGCAAAAACUAAACGAUUUAGAAUCACGAUCGAGACGCAAUAACCUCCGCAUCUUCGGGGUGGCAGAAGGAGAAGAGGGGGGAAACUCGGCGCAGGAGUUUGUCGAGGCGCUACUCCGGAGCAAACUACCGAUCCCGGCCGACAUGGAGCUAAAGAUCCAGCGCGCACACCGAACCGGGGCUCAGAGGCCAGCUCCAGACAAACCCCCGAGGGCAUUUAUCGUCAAUUUCCAGGAGUUUACGACCAAAGAAUGGGUGUUAAAGGAAGCCUGGGGGAAAAACAGAACGGAAAAGAUCCAGCUGAAUAACAAGCCCCUCUAUUUUGAUCACGAUUACACUGCAGAGGUGGUGAAGAAACGCAGAGAAUAUAACGGGAUUAAAAAGGCACUGAAAGUGAAAGGAGUGCGUUUCCAAACACCUUAUGUCAACAUGCGCAUCCACUGGGAGACGGGAGCCCGGCUAUACGGCAGCGCGGAGGAGGCGAGAGAGGAGCUGAGGAGACGCGGGAUCACCGUGGAGGAGGCGACGCCGACCAACGGGGAGACCGACUGGGGAGCGCGCCUGGGAGAGCUGCUGGGGUCGUGGCAGAGAGUAACGGGAUCCCUCGGGGCAGAGGACGACGUGACCCGGAGAGCGCGGUAUAAACUUCAGAGUUUCCAGAGUGAUAACACUGCUCAGAGAGACGAACCCCAGCGCAAGGGAGGUAAAAUAAAGAAGUAGAAACCAUCACAGACUGGUAAAACUGCUGCCACUUUAAAACCGAAAUAUAAGAGCUGAACUGGACAAAUAUAAGGCUUCUUUCUCAAGGCUAUAGGCUAUUGUUAAAUAAACGUCUGGGAGUGACGACCUUAAAUUCAAUGAUUGACGUUGGACUUUAGGAUGGUAGGGUUUUCUCCUUUAGAUGGCCAAGCCACCCUAUGUAUAGGGCCCUAUCUUAGGGAUGGGAUUUUCCCUCGACCCACCAACGGGGUCUCGGUGAGGAGUCACCUCCUCCCAGUUUGGAGGUCUGUUUUUCUACUAUGUUCAGUCGACAUUGUUCUGUCUUUGUUUCUUUUUUGUUUUUCUGGGUUGUCUGGGGGACAACACUAUUACAAAGCCAUUCAUUUCUUCUUAUAUUUGAGUGAUAAUGCCACAUAAAUUGAAAAUAGCUUCACUGAAUGUUAACGGCUUGAGUAAUCCGGUCAAGAGGAGCAGGGUGCUGGCAAAAAUGAGGAAAGAUAAGUCCCAAGUAAUAUUUUUACAAGAGACACAUAUGACCAAUUCAGAACACAAGAAACUAAGCAAUUUUGGAUACUCUAAUACAUAUUAUAGUUCAUGUAAAAAUAGCAGAAAGAGAGGGGUCGUGAUAAUGAUAUCUAAUUCAUUACAUUUUGAGCCGAUUAAAACAAAAAGGGAUGAUGAAGGUAGAUAUAUAUUAGUCAAAGGCAAGAUGGAUAAUGUUUUGGUCACAUUUGUGAAUGUCUACGCUCCUCCAGAGUGUAAUAUAUCGUUCUUUAAAAACUUAUUUGACCUAAUUGUACGUGAGAGUGAGGGGGUACUUGUUUGUUCGGGGGAUUGGAACACUAUUUUGAACUAUCAGCUUGACACAACAAGCACGAGCAGACAGGGAUCCCCCAAAUCAAAAUACCUAAAUACUCUGAUAAGAGAGACAGGCUUGAUUGAUGUAUGGAGAAAUAUCCAUGCAAGAGAAAGGGAAUAUACCCAUUACUCAGCUACACACAAAGUACACUCUCGGCUGGACUUUUUUCUGAUAAAUACUAUAGAUAGACAUAAGAUAAAUGAGUGCAAAAUUGGAACAGCAGAUAUAUCCGAUCAUAGUAUUGUUUACCUCGAUAUACACCUAAACAGUAAACCAAGAAAUACGCUAUGGAGAUUGAAUGUAGGACUUUUAAACAAUAAAUCAACAGUGGAAGAAAUCCAAAAAGAAAUAGGAGAAUGUAUAGAUGAUAAUAAGGAUGACCAUGUCGACCCGACUAUUGUUUGGGACACGGUCAAAGCAGUUAUGAGAGGGAAGCUCAUAUCAAGAACGGCCUAUCUAAGGAAAAUGCAGAGAUCAAAAUAUGAUCAACUAGAAAAGGAAUUAGAAAAACUAGAAAAACAACUUCCUAAAAAUGAAAAGAAAGAUACAAUAGGAGACCAGAUUAAAGCUAUAAGGAAACAGAUAGAAAACUUAAUUAAAGAUGAAACAGAAAAUAAAAUGAGAUUCAUGAAGCAAACCUUCUAUGAAUCAGGCCCAAAGGCCACCAGAAUACUGGCGAGGCGUCUUCGGACACAACAAAUAACAAACUCAGUCCAUAAGAUAAGAGACCCUUUAUCAAAUACACUAAAAUACGACCCAGAAGAAAUUCACAGAAUGUUUAAAAACUACUAUGAAACUUUAUAUUCACAGCCUGAGAAGGCUGACGAAGAGAAAAUAAAACAAUUCCUGUCUUCACUUGAUCUCCCCUCAAUAGGCUCAGAACAAAAUGGAUAUCUGACUGCCCCGAUCUCUAAAGACGAAUUGGAUAAAGCCAUAGGUAGACUGGCGUCUAAUAAGAGUCCUGGGAGCGACGGAUAUCCAAAUGAAUGGUACAAAAAAUUCAAAGAAGUCCUAGCUCCGAUAUUACUGGAAUCAUUCAAUUGGACUCUUGAGAAAGCUAUAGCACCACCGUCCUGGAAGGAUGCUGUGAUAACCGUCAUUCCCAAAGAGGGGAAAAACAAGGAAUACUGUGAGUCAUACCGCCCAAUAUCGAUUUUGAAUGUCGAUUACAAAUUGUUCACAUCCAUAAUUACUAAAAGACUGGAAUGUUUUCUGCCCGACCUGAUACAUGAAGAUCAAACAGGCUUUGUUAAGGGACGCCAAACACAGGACAAUAUCAGGCGCACCCUCCAUAUUAUAGAUCACGUUAACAAACAUCAUACAUGUGCUGCCCUGAUCAGCUUAGAUGCCGAAAAAGCGUUUGACAGGGUCAGCUGGGAUUUUUUAUAUAAAGUAUUAGAGAAAUUGGGAUUUAAUGAUAAAUUCAUUAAAUGCAUUAAGGCAUUGUAUACUGACCCAUCAGCUAGAGUCAAAAUUAAUGGACACCUGACAGACACCUUUAAGCUGCACAGAGGGACACGACAAGGUUGUUGUGCUAGCCCCGCCCUUUUCGCAAUCUUCAUAGAGCCACUCGCCCAAGCAAUUAGACAGGAAGAUGAGUUGACAGGAAUCAUGAUAGCAAGAGAUGAGCAUAAAAUAGGGUUAUUCGCUGAUGAUAUAAUCACCUACCUUCAAAACCCAAAUUCAACAUUUACCAAACUAGUAAAAAUAACAGAAGAAUAUGGAUCAAUGUCAGGCUACAAACUAAAUAUGUCUAAAACUCAGGUUUUAACUUUUAACUAUAAGCCAAAUAAAAAAUUCAGGAAGAAAUAUAACUUAAAUUGGAAUGCUAGGUCAAUUAAAUACCUAGGAGUGAUAAUAACUCAGGAACUUGACAGAACUUAUGAGACAAACUACAAGUUAAUAAACAAUAAAAUUCAAAGAGAUGUAGCAAAGUGGUCAACACUAAUAAUGGACUUCAGUUCAAGAAUUGAGGUGGUCAAGAUGAACCUCCUGCCUAGGUUGUUGUAUCUUUUUCUGUCGCUCCCAGUUCGAAUACCAGACACACAAUUCUCAGCAUGGGAUAAGCUAAUAUCCAGAUUCAUUUGGGCUGGAGCCAGACCGAGGAUAAGACUCAAGACCCUUCAGCUAGACAAAGAAAAUGGAGGAUUGGCACUGCCAGACUUAAGAGGGUAUUAUUAUGCAGCACAGUUAAGAUAUGUUGUGUAUUGGUGCUCUCCGAAUUAUCAAGCCCGAUGGAAGGACAUUGAGAUGAGCCAAGGCCAAGCACCUCCACAGUCAAGGUUAAGUGGGAAAGAAUACAGAGACCUUAAGGGAGAAAACUUGGUCGUGAGAGGAACAUUAGAAAUAUGGUAUGAGGUGGUGAAAAAAUAUAAAUUAACAGGAGAUUGUAAACUGUUGAUUUGGCCCUCUUGCACCUCUAGGUUCAGACCAGGAAUGUUAGAUAAAACCUUUGAAAAGUGGAGAGACAAAGGAAUAACAGCCACAUGUACACUUAUAGAUAAGCAACAUUUCAAAUCAUUUACAUCGCUGAAAAAUGAGUUUGGAUUAGAAAAUGAAGAUCUAUAUAGAUAUUUCCAAUUAAGACACUUUUAUGAGACAGAAGUUAAGAGGGAAAUUUCUGUGGAGGGGAAUGAUGUGAUUGAAAUAUUAACAGGCGCGUUCAAGCAAACCCCCUUAAGAAUUGUCUCAAAGCUAUACAAAGGUUUGUUGAAGCAACAGGGAAGAAACACAAUGUAUAUAAAAGAGAAAUGGGAAAAGGAACUCGGCAUUGAAUUAUCUGAGAGUGAUUGGCAGACCAUGCUCAAGACCCAACAUACAUCAACAAGUUCUAAAACAUGGAGGGAGUUCGGUUGGAAAAAUUUGACACGUCUAUUUAUUACACCAAAAAUCAAAAAUAAACAAUUAGGUCAACAACAGCAUUGUUGGAGACAAUGUGGGCAACUGAAUGCCAACCACUCUCAUAUAUUUUGGUCAUGUACGAAAAUACAGACAUUUUGGGAUGAGGUCCUGAGAGUCAUGGGUAAAGUUUUUGGAUAUAAUUUACCCAAAGAUCCCCGGUUUAUUUAUCUUGGACUGAUAUUAGAAGAUGUAAUGGGUAAAGAGGACAUAUACCUGUUCAAGAUCCUAUCUCUUGCAGCUAAGAAAGCCAUCACAAGAACUUGGCUAAGAACUGAUCCACCUGAACUGAGUGACUGGCUGACCAUUGUAGAGGAAAUCCGAUCAAUGGAACAAAUGACUUACAGACUACGAAUUAAAGCUGAGCUAUAUGCUGUAAGAUGGACUAAAUGGCACCUGUAUGUAACUGAGUAGUGUUUGCCCCCCUUGUUCUUGUUCUUGUCUUGUUUUGUUUUGUACAAUAUCUGCGUGUAUGUUUGAAAGUUUGCCUUAAAAGAUAAAAAUAAAGUUAAAAAAAAAAAAAAAAAAGAAUUCAGAGGAUAACCUAAGCUUUUACAGUUAAUUAAGAGGAAAACUGGUGGUCC